AUGGCAGACUUCCAAGACGAAAAGAAGGUGGUCUCUGCCAUCGACACACCUUCCUCGGGAUCCCUGAAAGACGUCACGCGUGUUUCAUCACCGGCCCGUUCCGCCUCUGUAUCCCAGGUCUCACUCGCAGAAGAACUCGGCGGCACGAAAGACGCCAACUACGGUUCGACCCCUGAUCAUGUCUUCAGUGACCCUGCAAUCGCUGCGCACUGGACUGAAGUCUAUGAGGGCGCCGGGUACGAGAACCGCCACCGAUUUGACCCAUCGUUCCAAUGGGGCGCCUCGGAAGAGCGCAAGCUUGUGCGCAAGAUCGACUUUAGGAUCAUGCUCUGGGCUUGGAUCAUGUUCUGCAGCUUGGACUUACAUCGGAAGAACAUCAACCGAGCUAUCAGCGAUGAUAUGUUGCCGGAGCUGGGAAUGAACACAAACGACUUCAACUAUGGUCAAACCAUCUUCCUUGCUACCUUCCUGCUCGCUGAGCUUCCCUCCGGCCUCGUAGCCAAGAAGCUCGGCGCUGAUCGCUUCAUUCCCAUGCAAAUCGUGUCUUGGUCCAUCUUGUCAGGCGCUCAAGUCUGGAUCAAGAACAGAGCCCACUUCUACGUCAUCAAGGCGCUUAUGGGCGUUGCCAUGGGUGGCUUCAUCCCCGACAUUGUCCUUUAUUUGACGUACUUCUACAAGUCCAACGAACUGCCUCUCCGCUUGGCUUUCUUCUGGACUGCUCUGUCAACUGUCAACAUUGUCGGUUCUCUAAUGGCCGCUGGUAUCUUGCAGAUGCGGGGAAUCAGAGGCUGGAGUGGUUGGCAGUGGCUGUUCCUGAUCGAGGCCCUGAUCUCUCUCGUCGUCGGGCUCUUCGCGUUCGUUCUGAUGCCCCCGGGCCCUUGCCAGACCAAGUCCUGGUUCCGCGGAAGGAACGGGUGGUUCUCCGAACGCGAGGAAUACAUCAUGGUCAACCGCCUGCUGCGCGAUGAUCCCUCCAAGGGCGACAUGAACAACCGCGAGGGUGUCUCGGCCAAGGGUCUGCUCAAAGCCAUCAAGGAAUGGGAGAUGUGGCCGCUCUACAUCGUCGGCGUGUGCGCUUACAUCCCUCCCGGUCCUCCCGGUAACUACCUGAGUCUGAUCCUACGCACCCACGGCUUCAGCGUUUUUCAGGCCAACCUGCUCACCAUUCCCGCCUACUUCCUGUUUGCCUGCAACUUGGUUAUUCUCUCUUACUUCUCCAAGCGUUUCAAUGAGCGUGGCUUCAUCGCCUCCAUCUCGCAGUGGUGGAUGCUUCCCUUCUUCGCCGCCAUCGUCGCCCUGCCCAACGCCGGCGUCUGGGUCCGCUACGCCCUCCUCACCGGUGUCUUGUCGUACCCUUACUGCCACGCCAUCCUGGUGGCUUGGAAUGCCCAGAACAGCAACAGCGUGCAGACGAGAGCGGUGUCCACGGCGUUGUACAACAUGUUUGUGCAGGCUGGCAAUAUCAUUUACGAUAACAUUUACCGCGAGGACGACAUGCCGUUGUAUAGGAGGGGUAACAAGGUGUUGCUGGCGAUUGUUUGCUUGAAUAUCGUGCUGUUUCUUCUGACCAAGGCGUUUUAUGUGUGGAGGAAUAAGUUGAAGGAUGAGCAGUGGAAUGCCAUGACGCCGGAGGAGCAGCAGGAGUAUGUUUUGACUACUAAGGAUGAGGGGCCGAAGAGGUUGGAUUUUAGGUUUGUUCAUUGA